AUGGACCAACCUGAUAACGAUGAAGGGGGGCAGACUAACCAUCCUAGCACAACCGCAGUGGAUUCUCUACCAAGCCCAGCACUCGAAAACCCAGAGCAGAAACUUCCCAAGACAAAGUUGCGAACUGCCUCAUACGACCUGUCUUCAGCUUCGAGCAUCAAAUCCAUGUCCAGCAGGAAGAGCCGAUAUGCGGAUCCGGUACCAGCAGACAUUCAUUCGGAAAGAGCCAGUAUAUCCAUGCCGCCGCCGCAACGGAGGCCCUCGAUAAAGUCAAGAACUCCUUCUGUGCAGAGUCGUCAAGGAUCAGAAGCUCUGCGACCAGCACCAGGCAUACUGUCGAGCAGGAGAACAAGCAGGGAAGAUAUUGCUGUGGAGGAGGAUUUCGAUACGCCCAAAUUAUCUCCCAGCGUCAUGACGGACGAAUCGAAACCCUACCAAUUGCCAGAUGCUGCUCUUCGACAAAAGGCAUCUAUACCGGAUAUGGAGUCAAAGCGCAUGUCAGUAUCGUCGAUGUACUCGUUGAACUCUGUUAGAGCGCCGAGCUCGGCUGCAUCUGCAAAUGGUUCAGAGCCAGGGAGUGGGAUUGGAACUCGGGCUUCGUCUGGAACACUGUCACCGAAUAAGGUGUUGGGUAUCUCACAGCCAGAGACAUCUGCUAUAUCUGUUACGACUUCGUCCUCGAACCAAUUUGGAACCAAUGGCAACGCCAAUGGCCACCAACUUACCCCGCGAGAGUCCCCCGCCCAUGCGUCAGAAAUCGCAAAGCGAAAUGCUGCCCACCGAGGAGAAGGUGCACCAAGAUCACAACCACCUGGCAGAUCCAGAAGUCGGGCGAAGAGACGUUUCAGUGGAAGCACUGCUGCAAGCAGCCAUAGCCCAAGCAGCGAGAAAGGAUCCUGGGCAAAGGAAGAAAAGCCAACACCAAUCGGCGUCAUUGGUGUAUGUUCUCUGGAUGUGAAAGCCAGAAGCAAACCAAGUCGCAACAUUUUGAACCGUCUGAUUUCCAAAAACGAGUUUGAAGUUGUGGUUUUCGGAGACAAAGUUAUCUUGGACGAAGACAUUGAAAAUUGGCCACUCUGCGAUUUCUUGAUAUCUUUCUACUCUGAAGGAUUUCCGCUGGACAAGGCUAUUGCAUAUGUAAAAGCCCGAAAGCCAUUCUGCGUGAAUGAUGUUCCUAUGCAGAAGAUAUUAUGGGACCGACGGAUCUGUCUUAUGAUCUUGGACAAAAUCAAAGUACCAACGCCAAGGAGACUCGAAGUCAGCCGUGAUGGCGGUCCAAGUAUUCUAACACCAGAUAUGGCACAGCACUUGAAGGAUACCACUGGCGUUGUACUGGAAGGACCGGAGGACGGUACGGGCGGGCAAACUAUUCCUCCUCGGAAAGUCGAACUCCUCGAUGAUGGAGAUACUCUCAGCGUAGAUGGCUCUUUACUUGCAAAGCCAUUUGUGGAGAAACCUAUUAGCGGCGAGGACCACAAUAUUGUCAUCUACUUUCCAAAGAGCCAAGGAGGCGGAGCACGAAAACUAUUUCGCAAGAUAGGCAAUAAGAGUUCAGAAUGGGUAGAGGACAUGAAUGUUCCACGAGCCAUCCUGGAGCCAGACAGUAGCUACAUCUACGAAAAGUUCAUGAAGGUGGACAACGCGGAGGAUGUCAAGGCUUACACUGUUGGAGCGAAUUAUUGUCAUGCAGAGACUCGGAAGUCGCCCGUCGUGGAUGGUCUGGUCAGACGCAACACCCAUGGCAAGGAGAUUCGAUAUGUUACCAGUCUCUCUAAGGACGAAGCAGCAAUUGCCAGUCGAAUUGCGGUGAGUUUUGGACAACGAGUAUGUGGUUUCGACCUUCUCCGUGCUGAGGGCAAGAGCUAUGUCAUUGAUGUCAAUGGCUGGAGCUUUGUCAAAGACAACGAAGAGUACUACGAUCAAUGCGCAAGGAUAUUGAGGGAGAUUUUCAUUCGGGAGAAGCAAAGAGUGUCCGCUCCGUCAUCUUCAGGCAGCAUUGUCACAUCCCCCACGUCAGAUGGUAUCAUCAGUCCUAUUGCACGAAGGGAAACAGGCGGCUUGAAGGAUAAUCAUCGAUCUGCUCUUCAACACAUUCUUCAAAAAUCCCCAAGCUUGUCUAAACUUACCGGACACAGCAGGAAGUCUACAAUAACCGAUUCUCCAGAGGCAUCAGCUGCUCCUACUCCCAGAACAACGCCUCCGGGGGCAGACAAGGGAGUUGCAUUGCCACCCAUCCCUUCAACCCCGCUGUUACCACCACCAGCUAUGAACUAUCUGACUGGCAGCACUCCAUCUACUGCCCCAUCAACAGUCCCUUCAACACCAGCUCCAGGCAGUAUAGCAAAUGUUGAUCCAUUGCAGCCGGCAGCACCAAAACAUACCUGGAAACUUAAGGGGAUGGUGUCUGUGAUCCGCCAUGCUGAUAGAACACCGAAGCAGAAGUACAAGUUCACGUUUCACACUAAACCAUUUAUCGACCUUCUCAAAGGUCACCAGGAAGAGGUCUUACUCACUGGUGAAGCUGCCCUUGAUAGUGUUAUGGCUGCCGUCGACAUCGCUUUGCAUGAAGGAGUGGAGGACCGAGAGAAACUACGCACUUUACGUAAUGUAUUGGUCAAGAAAGGAGGUUGGGCGGGAACAAAAGUUCAAAUCAAGCCAAUGUUUAGGAAGAGAAAGCCAGAGGAGAUCUUCACCAUGACAGCUUUGAGCGAGGAUGAAGCCAAAGCAGCAGAUGCUAAGCUUCAAGAAGAGGAAAGCAAGAAACAGGAGAGACCGCAAUUGUCUGCAAUAGAAACACCAGUGUCGCCCACUGAUGAAAGCGACGGAGCAAUGAACAGAUCGCCACAUCGACAAGACUCAUUGUCAGGUAUCACUCUGUCUCGAAUAACUGCAGCAGAAAACAGCCUGGCGCUCGAGAAGCUUCAGUUGAUUGUCAAGUGGGGUGGCGAGCCAACUCAUUCUGCAAGAUACCAAGCACAAGAACUUGGUGAGAACAUGCGAAACGACCUGAUGCUGAUGAAUAGAGAGGUUCUCGAGGAGGUGCAUGUGUUUAGCAGCUCUGAACGUCGGGUCACAACGAGUGCACAAAUCUGGGCGUCCGCGUUCACGGAUCAUCAGGAUCUUCCCGCAGACUUCAUAACCAUUCGCAAGGACCUUCUUGAUGACUCCAAUGCUGCGAAGGAUGAGAUGGACAAGGUCAAGAAGAAGCUGAAAACUCUGCUUCGUCAGGGGAGCGAAGCACCACCACAGUUUGCUUGGCCCACGAACAUGCCAGAGCCUUCUAUCGUACAGAGAUACGUGGUCCAGCUGAUGAAGUUCCACCGCAGGGUCAUGCGCCACAAUUACAACAAGCUGUAUGGCGGCGCCUCCUCAUCGCUUAACGCAAUUGCGAACCCCGGAGACAAGGACAAGUCCGAAACGUCGUCUGUCAGUAGCGCUAUGUCUCAAGCCACAGCAACAAGUAGCAUUCAAGCGCGCUGGUGUUGUGGUGAAGACGCCGAGCUGUUCAAGGAGCGUUGGGAGAAACUGUUCAGCGAAUUCUGCGAUGGGGAGAAGGUAGAUCCCAGCAAGAUAUCAGAGCUUUAUGACACCAUGAAGUUCGAUGCCCUCCACAAUCGACAAUUUCUCGAGUGGGUCUUCACGCCUAGCAAGAGCAUUCUUGCUGAAGAGGAAGAGGCUAUUGCGGGCGAGUCGAAAGGAUUGGAGAAGGAGAAGGAACAGCCCAAAGAUCCUGCUGCAGUGGUUUCCAAAGAUUCUGACGACUUGGAGACCAGCAGAAGUCUUCAUAGGCGGAUGUUCAGGCGUCGCUCAGUAAUGACGGGUGCCAAAGUUGAAGAACCUCCUGAACAAUACUUCCGUCUGUUUACUGGUAGCAGCCAGACUAAAGCAAAGACUGAUGCAAGACUUGAGAAGCUGCGAGAGCUUUACAAGCUUGCCAAAGUCCUGUUCGACUAUAUCUGUCCACAGGAGUAUGGCAUGACGGAUGCUGAGAAGUUGGAGAUUGGUCUGCUAACAUCACUUCCUUUGCUCAAGGAAAUCGUGGAAGAUCUUGAGGAGAUGCAGGCAUCUGAUGAUGCAAAAUCGUUUGUAUACUUCACGAAGGAGUCUCAUAUUUACACUCUGCUCAACUGUGUCCUCGAAGGGGGCAUACCUACGAAGAUCAAGCGUAGUGCCAUCCCGGAGCUCGAUUAUCUCUCGCAUAUCUGCUUCGAGUUGUACGAAUCUGAGAAUAAAACACCUCCUGAUGUGCAGGAUGUUGCCAAGUAUGCUUACAGCAUCCGCAUUACCAUCAGUCCCGGAUGCCACACGUUCGACCCACUAGACGUCCAACUCGAUAGCAAGCAUUGUAUCAGCUGUGCCCCACGACGCAGCUUGACGGCGCAUGGAGACUGGAAGGAGGUGAUCGAAACCUUGAGAGCAAAAUUCCAUCAGUAUGUAUUGAUCCAUACCCCAGAAAAGGAUCUCAAGCUAACCAGCACAAUCAGGGUCAAACUCCCAAAAAGCUUCCUAGCAGUUAAUCUGAGCGAGUCUCACGCAUUCCACAAGAAAGAGGACACGGACCCAGAUGCCAUCUCAACAAUCGCGGAGAUGAAGGCCCAAAUCAGCGCAGAAGAUACCGUGCCGCAAGCCCCACAUGAGCAAGUACCGGAUGUUGAGGCUGAGAAUCCGCCUUCGCCAACGUCGUGA